AUGGAUGAUCCAAGCAAUGUCCAAGAUGAUAAUAAGGGCAUUAUUAUAAUCAGCAGCAUCCGACCUAAUCCGACCAACAACAAUAAGACGAAGAAGACUGUCAAAUUCGCAAUGUUCUUGAUUGUCAUUGGCGCCGCCUUUCAUUAUUAUUAUUGGCUAUCGAAUACAAGAUCUACCCGUCUAUCUUCCAUAUCCUCAUUUAUACAAGCCGGAGGGGGUAGUAGUAACAGUAAAAGUACAAGUAAAAGUAGAAUUGGCAAGGUAGGACGAGGAGGAGAAGUAUUGGAUUACAACCGCAAUAAUAAGGAAGAGGAAGAUACUACAAUAAAUGAUGAUGAUGAUGAUGCUGAUGAUGAUGCUCCCACAAUCUUGCUCGUUCAUUAUCACAAGACGGGCAACAAUUUCAUUGCGGAUUUGCUAAUGGAAAUUGAUAGAACCUACAAGGCACAACGGCAUGAUUUGGCCAUGAAGGAUUUCGUUUUAUUAAAACGAAUGAAGAAAGAACAAGAGGCAAAUAAUAAUAAGGAGCAUCAUGAUGAUGGUGAUGAUGAUGAUGAUGAACAAGGUAAUAAUUACAACAAUGACAACAACUUGAAUGAUGACGAUGAUGACUCCAAUGAGAAUAAUGCGAAUGUCACCUCCAAGCAUUCAAAACGACGACGCCUCCGACUUUUGUCAAACGACGACGACGACGAGGAUGACCAAACCAAAAGAAGCAGCAAAAAACAACAAACCAUCAAGGGGUCGAACAAGGGGUCGAACAUAGUGAUAGAGGAUGAUGGUGGUGGUGGUGGUGAAAAGCAACAAAUAAAUCACAACAAGGCAUCUGCAGUUGUGGUGGAUGACGAAAGCAACUAUUAUGCCAGCAGCAAACCAAAAAGAAAGAAGAAUACGACAAACCGAAACAAAGGUCAAGAAGCACUGGGUCAAGACCAAGCCAAAAAAGACGGAUCUAUUUCGUUAUUACCAGACUUAUUACCACCCAGAAAAAGAACACACAAUCCAACGACUGGAUGUCCUCAUAUGGGAUCCGGACUGACAUUGGGGGCUGCUUAUCGAUUGACGGCACCGGAUUUCUUUUGUGAUUUGAACCGAAUGGUACCAGUACACGUACCAGCAUUGAAGACUAGUAGCAAGAAUUCUAGUACUAGUGGUACUAGUAGUACUAGUACUACUAGCAAACAACGAGAACAACAACAGGGCAGUGAAACAGAAGUGGACGUGGAACUGGACGGCAUGGGCGGAACAAAGACGACUAAACUUCCUGAAAAACUUGCCUUUCCACCAUGGGAGACCACCAAGAUUGUUCACUUUGUGCGAGACCCUCUUGACAUGGCCCUUUCCAAUUAUCUAUACCAUUCGCAGCGUCCAACUCCAGAGCAUUGGGUUUUGGGCAGACAUCUCAAUCCAUGUGCUACCAAUGACGAAUUCAUUCAGUACAUGUUGGAUGAAUUGACUACUGGCGGUAGCAACAACAGACCAAUCAUUAACAUCACCAAGGACGAACUGGACCAAGUCAGUAAACUCUGCAAAUACUACCGUCGAGAUCAUCCAUUGCCCAAUACCAAAGUCAAUGUCACUCGAGCCUUUUAUGGACUCUUGCUUCGUUUGCCUCCAUUCGAUGGAUUACGGUUGGCCACGACCCAAUUCCUCUUGGCCCAAAAUCCAGAAAGUGGUGGGGACUUGCUCCGGAUGCCCAACAAUAUCAAGAGACUACAAGAAUGGGAAGACCAGCAUGAUGGUUUGGAAUCGUCAUUAUCAUUGUCAUCAUCAUUGUCAUCAUCAUUGUCAUCAAACAAUAAGAAGGAGAAGAAGAAGAAGAAGAAGAAGCAAUCGUCGCAUAUUCUAACAGUCUCCAUGGGAAACAUUAUGAAGGAUAUGGAGACAAGCAUUCAAGAGAUUUGUGAUCUCAUCUUUGGUCACAUUUCAAAUGUCACGGAACGAUCGGAAAUUGGUCAAGAUAUUGCCCAUGCCAUGGUGGCCACCUACACGGCCAAAGAAAAGGCUUCGGAAGAACUGUUGCGCAUCAAAUUGACCAACAAUAAGGACAAUGAGGAUAUAGACAAUAAUACCGAUCAGACCAAGAUGCUAGACGAUCCAAUUGCAAUCGAUGGGAAUAACUCGACCAUUAGAGAGGGAAGUCAUGUCACUCAAGGAUUAAUGAAUGCGACCGAGCGACGACUGCUCAAGGAACGACUAGAAAAGGAUCCCAUCCUUGGAAAUAUCCUGUUGCAACUUCGUGAGAUUGUGAAUUCAGCUAUUGGGCGGUGA